UGAAAUUGUUUCAGGGACAGCGCACACACCGCUCACUUCACGAUGCGAAAACUCACAUCUUCCUGCCUCUUACCAUCAUCCGACGUCGCCAACAACGGCCAGCGGCCUCCCGACGCUCGCUGAUAUUUUUCUCCACCAUGUUGAAGACUCACAGGAGCAUGGCGGUCAAGCUCGUCGCGCUUGGCGCAUUCGUUACCUUCCUUCUCACUCUUUAUACCACACACCCGUCAUCGGCACGCCUACGGGCCUCAGUCUCGGACCUGUUCUCAAUACGGCAGCGGAGCCAGUGCACACCCGAGCAGUGGGCCAGCGGACAGUGGACCAGGCGCGACCCUCCACGGACGACGAAGCAGAACGCCUCAAGCGUCGCCGACGUUCUGGAGUUCGAGGGCUUCGACGGCUGCGCAAGCGACCGCGAGUACAACUGGCACCUUUCCGCAGACGAGAACCAGCGGGACAGGUUCCCAGAGGUGGCCGCUUACCAAUGGACACCGCCGCCGGCCUGCAACGCGCGACAAUUCAAUCGUGAGGCCUUCGUCCAGGAUCUGGUCGAGAAGGGUGGCUGGCUCUUGCUCGGAGGUGAGUACGCUAUCCUGCAUUCCCUGCCCCUUGUUGCGCGCCCACGGCCGUACCCCCGUUGUGAGCCGCCCUGAGAAGCGACCUUUUUAUUGGCAAUCUGCGGAUAGAUCUCGCUACCUCUGCUUCUCAGAAUGCUGGGAAAGGACGGUUGCAAUGCCGUUUUCCCCGUCCGUUCCUGUCUUGGGUCACCCAAGUGGCGUCGGCAAUCUUCCAGGGCUGGUCAGUUGGCUGUGCUCUCACCUUCUGCGGAUGGUCCGCGCAGCCGGUCGGGUGGAAACUGCACAGCAGCGAGUCGCUUGAGGGACGACCCUCGUUGCUGACCGCUCGUUCGUGGGUGCUGUGCAGCAGCUUCGUCUGACGAGUGACCCAAUGCGCAGAUGUGUAUUACGCACUUUCGCGUGCUUCAGGCACCAUUUACUUGUGAUAAGCUCGGGGUUUUUCUAUCACAACAGAUCACUAUCGCAAUCAGGUUGAACGCAGACGGGGCGCUAUCAACUCAACAUUGUCGCAUAAUAACAGCAUACUUACUGACGACUUGGUGCAUUCAGACUCUGUGACAGAGAACCACUUCUUUUCAUUAUCAUGCAUGCUCUACCCACAUGUCCGCGCGACGCCGAACUACACACUCAACCCGUACUUCGAUCGCGCUUGGCCACAGAACCUCUACCUCAAUCCUGAGUCACCUCUCGUUCAGAAGCUCCAUCCGCCAGAAGGCUUCAACAUCUCCAUCACGCCGCUAGUGACGUUCCGUCGCGUGGACCUUCUGCUCGCAUCAGACCAGCUGACCGAGCUCUACCGCACAACGCAGCCGUACCACGCAUCGCAAGAGAACUUUGAUCUCCUCGGCGGCGACCAGGUUUGGGAGAUCCCACCGUCCGAAUACCUCUCGCUCUUCACCGCUCCGCUUCCAGAGGCGAACUACGGCACCUUGAUCGCCAGCACGGCGGGACACUGGACGACAGGCACGUUCCGCGGGCUGCGGGACGAGACGAAGCCGUUCGAGGGCAUCGAGAACGUGCUCUCGUUCUUCAGCGACGCGAUGCCCGUGUGGGCGCGCCUGGUCCAGCAGUGGCUCACGAGCGCAGAACACUCAGCCGAGAAGAACGCGGGCGGCGGCGCAACCACCAAGGGCGGACGGAGGCGGCAGGUCAUGGUCCGCGCGUACCUGCCCGGACACGACGGCUGCCACUACAUCUUCAAACCGUGGGAGCUAUACGAGCAGGAGAACAACACGCUGUCGUACAACUGGGGCCAGAUCAAGCUGUUCAACGAGCUGUUCCAGGUGCGUGCCCCCUUGCCGCCCGCAAUCACCUGUAUAUAUUCUAACAAUCUCUUCAGUCUCUCCUGGCAAACAAGGACUUCCGCGACGUCCACUUCCUCCCGAUAGACCGGCCGGCGCUGCUCCGGCCAGACUCAGUAAGUGAACUUACGUCCUU